AGGGAAACGCUGCGGCCAAAAGGCGGGAAGAGAAAAGGCAGGAGGCCCGCGAGUCUCGCAGGCAGAGUCAGUACUGAGUCACGAGGCGACGACACCACCGGCCCUGCGGCUGAGGAGUUUAAGGAGGCAGUGCCAUAAAAGGCCCAGUCACCUCAAGCCACUGGCUCCAUACUCCUGUGACUUCUUCUUCCUGUCGUUCCCCUCCAUUCCUCUCCAGAACCAAGAACCACUCACCUUUGUGACAUCACUUCUACUGCUAAGCAACAGACCUGGGGCUCUCUUCACCCCCAUGAGCCCUGGGAGAACGUUGGACCAAGGUGCUCCAAGAAGGAGGCUUUGCUGCAGAGGGAAGGAGAGAAGGAGGUGGAAAACAUGCUGCGGGUUGUCGUGGAGUCAGCCAAGAUUAGCCCACCCCUAAGCCCCCCACCCAGACCCUGCGUGUCCAUCUACUUCCAAGAUGUCAAGAGGAGAACUAGUGAAGUGGAAGGGAAUAACCCCACAUGGAAUGAGACGCUAAUCUGGCACCUCUGGGACUGCUCCUUGCCAAAUGACUCUUGUCUGCAAAUCAUCCUUCGGGACAUGGGCGCAAUAAAGAAAGAAAGGUUCAUUGGCCUGGCUACAGUACUGCUCCAGCCCUUGGUGCAAAAACCAAGCAACGUCCUUUUUGUGAAGGACCUGACCCUGCUUAACCAUGCCAUGAUGUCCACAGAUUGCACUGUCACUCUACAGGUGGCCCUUAUGAGAAACCAGGAUAUUGAGAAGAUAGGAGAUGGCAUAAGUGCACGAGAAGUGGCUAUGCAGAAACUGAUGGUCCCCAGCUCCACCAUGUCUAAACCUCUGUCUUCAAAGCCUCAGCACUUUCAGGUCCGAGUGAAGGUGUAUGAAGCCCGACAGCUCAUGGGCAACAACAUCAAGCCAGUGGUCAAGGUGGUCAUUGGAGGCUACCAGCACAAAACACGGAUCAAGAUGGGAAACAAUGCUUUCUUCAAUGAGAUCUUCUUCCAGAAUUUUCAUGAAGUGCCUGCAAAGUUCUUUGAUGAGACCAUCUUAAUCCAGGUGAUGAAUUCCACACUAAUGAGAUUCAACGCAGAGAUCGGGAGAUUCCAAACAGAUAUUGGUUUUAUCUACCGUUCUGCAGGUCACACACUCCUGAGGAAAUGGUUAGGCCUCUGCCAGCCAAAUGAACCCAGCAAUGGUGUGAGAGGCUACCUGAAAGUCACCAUUUGUGUCCUCAGUGUGGGAGACCAGGCUCCGGUAGAUCAAAAGCUGCCCUAUGGGACUGAUGACACCAGCACUCAGAUCUUCAAGUCGACGGUGGUCCCGGUCAACUUGGCCUACUUACAUUUCUUCAUCUACUGCGCAGAGGACCUUCAUCUCAAGAAACAGCACUUAGUGAGUCCUGUGUUGGAGGUGGAACUAAUUGGGGAAAAGCUCAAGACAAAUGUGCUGACCCAAACCGAGAACCCAAUAUGGAACCAGAUCCUGACCUUCCAGAUUCAGCUGCCCUGUCUCUCCAGCUACAUCAAGUUCAGAGUCUUGGACUGCCCCAAGAACAGGUGCCAGGAUGAGAUAGGGACUGUCAGUCUGUUCCUCAACCAAAUCUCAUCCACCGGAGCAGAAAUAGAAGGAAUGUAUUCUGGCUUCCUACCCUGUUUUGGCCCCAGCUUCCUGACUCUUCAUGGGGGUAAAAAGGCCCCUUUCAGGAUCCAGGAAGAAGACAUUAAUAUUCCCAAUGCUGUUAAGGAUGGCUUAGCUUAUCGAGGCCGGAUCUUCCUGGAGUUAUUCACCAACCUCAGUCCUCAUCAAGACGUUAAGAAGGAUCUCUCCUCUGAAGUAACCAAUAUAGAGAAGCACCACAACCGCCAAAAGUAUGGGCUGUGCGUCAUCUUCCUUUCCUGUACCAUGAUGCCCAACUUUAAGGACCUGAUCCAAUUCGAGGUCAGCAUUGGCCACUAUGGGAACAAGACAGACCUGAGUUACAAGCCUCUCGUCUCAACCACACAGUACAGCCCAGUGAUAUAUGAUGGAAACAUCUACCAUUAUGUGCCCUGGUACAACACCAAGCCGGUGGUGGCCGUGACCUCCUACUGGGAGGACGUCAGCUCCCGCAUGAACUGCCUCAACCUCCUUCACUUCAUUCGGGACCGCCUGAAAGCCAAUCUGGACACCCUGAAGUCCAUACGGAAUCCGAGGGACCCCGCUCUGCUCCCCCAGUGGAAGAAGCUGCUGAGAGAACUGGUGGAGGACUGCAAGCACCCUCUGCCCUGCAUGACCCAUCAGCACAGAGCCACCGAGCUGGACAAGAAGAGGUGGCAGCUCCGCAGCCUCCUCCUGCAGGAACUGGCUCAAAAGGCCAAGGAAGCCAAGCCCAGGAACAUGGUGGCCACUGUGGAGAACUGGCUGUACCGCCUCAAUGCCAUGCUCCCUGAGCCCCAGGUGAGCCUCCCAGAUGUGAUGAUCUGGCUGAUGUCCAAGGGGCAGCGAGUGGCCUAUGCACAGGUGCCUGCCCAUAGCAUCCUGUUCUCCCCGACAGGGGUUCUGCACUCUGGCAGGUUCUGUGGGAAGACACAGACCCUCUUCUUGCAGUACCCAGAGGGUGAAGGACAGAAGGACACGCUCCCGGCCCACCUCCGGGUCUGCAUGUGGCUCGGCAACAUCACAGACAGCAAGGAUCUGCAGCUGCUCCGCCAGGGCGAAGUUGUCGUGUACGCGGAGACGUACGAGAACCAGGCCAAGUAUAAAGAUCAGUGGGGACAGCAGGGGCUGUACCACUGCCCCAACUUCUCGGACGUCAUGGGGCACAAGGCCCUUCCCAAGGAGGAUUUCAAGGCACCCCACGGAUGGCACUGGAAGGGGCAGUGGACAGUGGAGCCUCAGAGGAGACUCCUCCUGGACAUACACAUCAACAAGAGCCAAGUGCUGGAAGAAGUAUAUGAGAACCAGUGUCGCGACACCACGGGGGCCUGGGUGCCAGCAACCAUCCCCAACACGGACAUGAAUGGAGAGCCCGUGGAGUCCCGGGAGAAUAUGAAGUGUCCCCAAGGCUGGCACAUUAAGGAGAACUGGGAUGUGGAGCUGAACCAUGCAGUGGACAAUGAGGGCUGGGAGUACGGAGUGGGGAUCGAGCCAUUGGGCCUGCCCCAGGUCUGGAACUCAGUGGAGAAGACCUACUACACAUGCCGCCGGCGGCGCUGGGUGCGUUUGCGCUGCCGGAACCACGGGAAGCUGGGCCUGGAGCAGGAGACCCUAUCCUUCCUACAGCUGCACCACCCCAGCGCAGCCAAGGAGGAGGGGGGCUGGGAAUAUGGCACCUUCGGCUCCAAGUUCCACCUGACUCCUCAGCCCCAGAGCCGGUUCCGCCGCCGCUGCUGGCACCGCAGGCUGGUCCCAAACAAGGACAAGGGCAUCGCACCCAUUUUCCUGCUGGAGGGAUCGUUGGUUAUGGAUAUGCAAGAGCAGGCUAAGAAGGAAGAGAACAGGAUGCUGUCACAGGGUCUGAACAAAUCAUUCAUGAGCUUCUGGAAGACUGCCCCACAGGACACCCACCCACUUGACCUACCCUUCAUCUACUGCAUCUUCAACAAGCCCCACUACUACCAGCUUUUCUGCUACAUCUACCAGGCCUGGAACCGAAUGUCCAACCAGAUCCAGACAUUCCAGGGGCCCUUCAUUCGGAUGGUCUUCUUGAACCAUAGCCAGUGCACCCAAACCCUGAGGGGCUCUGCAGCCCCCACAUGGGCCCAGACGCUCAUUUUCCAGCACCUCCUUCUGUAUGAGAACCCCCAGGACACCGAAACAAGCCCACCACUCGUGGUGUUGGAACUGUGGCAGCAGGACUCUCAGGGAAAGGAGAGCUUGUGGGGCCGGAGCAUGUGGUCUCCAGUGGUCUGGCUGGAUGCCCAAAAACGGAUCCUGCCCCCGCUGAGGUGGCACCCCCUUGUAAAAUUGCUAGGGGAGGAAGAGGGUGAGAUCCUGGCAUCCUGUGAGCUGAUCCUCGAGACUGAGAGUCUCAAAGAGAGGCCACCCAUCUUAAGUGUUCCCUGGAAGAAUGGGAUCUACACACUCCCCAAGAGCAUCCAGCCCACACUAAAGAAAAUGGCUAUCGAGAUCCUGAUCUGGGGCCUUCGGAACAUGAAGCAGGUGCGCUCCCCCCAGCUCCUGGUAGAAUGCUGGGAAGAGUCCCUGCAGACACAGCCCAUCAAGGACUUCCAGACCAACCCCAACUUCACCCAGUCAGUCCUCUUCCUCACAGUGUUCAUGCCUAUGGAGGAGGUCUACGCGCCACCCCUCACAUUGAAGGUGGUGGACAGUCAGGACUUCGGCCAGCAGACUGUGGUGGGUCAGGCCAACAUCAACUCCCUACAGCCCUACUUCUGCGACCCCUGGGCUGAGGACUAUGUGCCUCCACAGCUUCCAAUGCUGUCUAUGAACAAGUACCAGAAGGUCCUAGAUUACCUCUAUGAAAAGUUCUGGUUCGAGUCCAGCAAAGCUGAGGACGAAUACGAGCAUGAAGUGGACUGGUGGAACAAGCUGUUCUGGGCGACAGGAGAUGCCAAGUCCUUGCAGUACAAGCACAAAGACUACCACACCCUGAAGGUGUAUGACUGCGAGCUGGAGGCUGUGCCCGCCUUCGAAGGCCUGCAGGACUUCUGCCAGACCUUUAAACUCUACCAGGAAGAGCCCAAGUUGGACAGCCCUGUGGUAGGGGAGUUCAAGGGCCUUUUCCGCGUCUACCCCUUUCCUGAGGAUCCAGAAGCCCCCAAGCCCCCUCGCCAGUUCACAGUUUGGCGUGAGAAAGAGGACUUCCCUCAGGAGUGCUUGGUGCGAGUGUACAUAGUCCGAGCAAUCAACCUGCAGCCCCAAGAUGCCAACGGCCUGUGUGACCCUUAUGUGAUCCUGAAACUGGGACAGACAAAGAUUGGCAACCGGCACAAGUACCAGCCCAACACUGUGGAUCCCAUCUUUGGCAUGAUGUUUGAACUCAGCUGUACCAUCCCCCUGGAGAAAGACCUGGAGAUCCAGCUAUAUGACUUUGACCUGUUUUCACCUGAUGAUAAGAUUGGAACCACAGUCAUUGACCUUGAAAACCGACUCUUGUCUGGCUUUGGAGCCCGUUGUGGGCUCUCCAAAUCCUACUGCCAGUCAGGGCCCUUUAGGUGGCGGGAUCAAAUGCACCCAAGCUUCCUCUUGGAACGCCAUGCCAAACAGAAAGGGCUGCCUCCGCCUCUGUUCAAUCCUGAGGAGGACUCUGUUUUUUACAAUGGGAAACAAUUCAGACUGCAAAGCUUUGAGCCCAAGCCCCCUACUGUUCGUUAUUUGGGACCUAAGAAAGAACGCCUUGCACUGUACCUCCUGCACACCCAGGGGCUGGUCCCUGAGCAUGUGGAGACCCGCACACUAUACAGCGACAGCCAGCCAGGCAUCGACCAGGGAAAGGUGCAAAUGUGGGUGGACAUCUUUCCCAAGAAGCUUGGGCCUCCUGGCCCCCCAGUCAACAUCAAGCCCAGAAAGCCUAAGAGCAAAGCCUCAGACUACAGUGGCUGCAGGUAUGAGCUGCGCUGCAUCAUUUGGAAAACUGCCCAAAUGGACCUGGGGAAAAGUCUAUCUGGCGAGAUAAGCGACAUCUAUGUCAAAGGGUGGCUAUUCGGGCUAGAGAAGGACAUGCAGAAGACAGAUAUCCACUACUACUCCCUCACUGGGAAGAGCGACUUCAACUGGCGGUUCAUCUUCACCAUGGACUACCUGGCAGCUGAGCAUAUGUGUGUCCAGAGCCAGAAGGACUACAUAUGGAGCCUGGACCCCACAGUGAUGAAGUUCCCAGCCCGGCUCAUCAUCCAGAUCUGGGACAACGACAUCUUCUCCGCUGAUGACUUCCUAGGGGUCCUGGAGCUGGAUUUAUCUGACAUGCCUCUACCAGCCCGGCACGCCAAUAUGUGCUCCAUCAGGAUGAUGGAUACAGAUUCCAAGUGGCCUUACUUCCUCCAGUAUAAGCACGUCUCCCUCUUCAAGAAGAAGACUGUAACGGGCUGGUGGCCUUGCCAGGUCCUCGAUGGUGGCAAAUGGCGCUUGUCGGGUAAAGUGAAGAUGACGCUGGAGAUUCUGUCAGAGAAGGAAGCCCUAAUCAAGCCAGCAGGGCGAGGCCACUCAGAACCCAACCAGUACCCUACACUUCAUCCUCCCCUACGACCCAACACCUCGUUCUUGUUUCGGAUACCUGUUACAACCUUGUGUCACGUUUUCUGGAAACGCUACCACUUUAAAAUCAUAGCUGCUGCAAUCAUAUUUAUUAUAGCACUUCUGCUGUUCAACUUUAUCUAUUCAGCCCCGCAUUACUUGGCCAUGAACUGGAUCAAACCUGGACUUCGGCUGAGUGCUCCCCUUAAAAUAUAUAGCAAUGUCAUCAAUCCACCGAACACCCGCAUUGCCAACCCUUCUGUCCUCACGGGCCAGCAUCUGAACCUAAAUCCUGCAGCAGACCAUGAGCUGAAAUUCCUCCAGGGACCUAUGAAUCACCUGCAAGACAUUUUUCCAGAACUUCCAGCCCUGCAAGACUAAUUGGCCCAGGACAUAUGCAAGGGGCUAAGGAUAUUCUGGCCAUUCUGUUCAGAAACCACUUCCAACAAGGACAGAGUUGUCAUUUUCCCACUGAAGUAAACAAGUUUUGUCACA